GCCUUUUAUCUGCACGGCGUGUUCGGCAGGGUUUACUCGAAGGGACCUCCUGGCGCGUCAUAAAUGUCUGUUCCAUAGCAAUCCUUCGAUAAACUGCCGUUUAGAGACCCCAAAUAUAUCUUGUUCCGAUUCCACGCCACAAAUUGCGUUCGAUCAGGAACCACACUGCGCUCAAUCGACUGGUACCUUUGGUGAUUUCGCUCAAUUCAUUGAUAGCAUGGCAAUGCCACAUGAAAGCAACAUGUCAACCUUUCUGUUUGAUCAACCGACUUUGCAGUUUUCACCCAUUCCUCUUUUCGAUUCCUUUGAAUCCCAUUCCGUUCUACCAAACACCCCAAGCCCUGAGGGAUCAACACCGUUACUUGAUGAAUUUACGUCAACAUUCCCUUCAUUCGAACCAGCUCAAUCUGCCAGGGCCAGUCAAGAGCCCUGGAAGAUCACGCAGGACAUUUGGAAUCAUCUUUUGGCUGAGAUCCAGUCUUUCCUACCCGUGCUGCCCUCAAAUUUUGUUCUCCCCUCGCGCCACACGCUGACUCGCUAUAUCGCGACUUAUUUCUCUGGAUUCCACCGGCAUCUACCAUUCUUACAUAUACCAACAUUCUCACCCACCAAAUGCCCGGUUGAGUUACUAUUGGCCGUGGCGACAAUCGGGGCGCAGUCGGCCUUCGAUCACGGCAAUGCAAUUAUGUUCUAUAGAUCGUCCUUGGCCAUAGCCCAGGAACGUCUACGUCACCGAAAGGCCUUGCAACGGGAACGAUUAUUCUCCGCGACAGACACUCUAUCAGGGUGGAGCGGAAAUCAAACCCCCGAUAAUCAGUUCACCCGGCUUUCCCUCGCACAAACACUUCUUAUCUUAAUGGCCAUGGCAACCUGGGGUAAUUCAGAGGCUAUCUUCAACGAGGCUGUUGGUCUCCAAAAUACCCUCACCAAUUAUAUCCGAGAGGAAAAACUUCUGGAUCUACAGCCUCGCUUUCAAGACAGCAAUAAUUCCUGGCAACAAUGGAUCCAAGUAGAGGCCUUCAACAGGACCAUCGCUAUUAUCUAUUGCUUUUUCGUUUUCCACACUAUAGUCUAUGACACUCCACCGCCGAUUCUCAACUCGGAACUCGACCUCCACCUCCCAUCUCGAGAAGCAGACUGGGAAGCCCCCUGCGAGACUGACUGGAUCGAAACCCGACGCAAAUCCACUCAACCCCUACCUGAAUCCUUUCUCUUCCAAUCCUCCUUCUCAUCUCUUUUCUCCGCCCCAACUCACCGCCACCACACUCACCACGAAAUCACCUACUCCUCUCUAGGCGGCUACACUCUAAUCCUAGCCCUAAUCCAACACAUCUACUUCCUUCGCGAGACCUGGAAAACCAAGAUCUUCGGAUCCUUAUCCUCACAGCAAAACCCACCCCUCCCGCAAAGAGACAUCACAGAGGUCGAAGUCGCCCUCCAAAACUGGCAAUCCGCAUGGUACCGCGAUCCGGAAUCCUUCCUCGGCCCCGGCAGCACCAGAGGUCCGAUCUCGUUCAACUCCACCGCCCUCCUCCGCAUGGCCUAUAUCCGGCUGAAUGUGAAUCUCGGGCCCUACCGUGCCCUGACGACCCAUGACCCACGUGAAAUCGCAGCACGCAUGCACACCAGUCCGCCGCUAGCUCCGAGCCCGAGAAUCACGCGUGCGGUCCUCUACUCUGCGCAUGCGCUGAGCAUCCCGGUUAAAAUCGGGGUGAAUAUUGUGGCCAGGACGCAGGCAUUUACGUGGUCGUUGCAGCAUGCGCUGUGUGCGCUUGAGUGUGCUUUUAUUGUUAGUCGGUGGUUGAGGGCUGUGUUGGAUGGUGGCGAGGGUGGGAGAACGCUGGACGAGGAGGAAGUUAGGUUGCUGGGUUAUAUUAAGGAUUUGGUGGCGGAGGCGGAUCCGGGGGGUGAGUUUAGCUUGGAUAGGGAGGAUCUCUGUGCGCGGAUCGUUAGGGUGUGGGCGAAGCUUUUGAGUGGCGAGGCUGUUUGGGAUGUUGUGAGCAGGAUUGGGAAGGCGUUGGCUGCGUAUGCUGGGCUUUUGGAGGAUUGUUCUGCUGGUCGGUCUACGGGCUGA